CAGAAUUAUUGAACUAGGAUUGCUCUCGCACAGACCAAUAACUUGGUACACAGAGGACAUGACAUGCAUGAUCAUGGCAAUUAUAGAAAGAACAUAUAGGACUAAUUCUUGUGUUUUUCCCAAGACGGUCAGCGUUCAAGCAUUCCGCCUGACCGACUGAUACGAUGGCCUUGGAGGCAGACAGCGACAGAGGUUCAUCAAGAAGCGCUCAUGAAAAAUAUCCCCGGGCAGCGUUGGAGCGCAACGGCUACGUGAAGACAUGUGUCACCCCGCUGCACCAGGACGCAGGGAGCCAGUCGUGGCUGAGAGUCGCCGUGACAUGGACUCACCGAGGAGUGUCGUCUGCUGUCUGCGUUGCAUCCAUCACCGUUAUUCUCUCUCUGCUGCUCAGAUUGGUCGACGGGGAUGCAGGCAGCAGCAGCAGCAGCAGCAGCAGCAGCGGAAAUAGCUCCGGUUCUAGUCUUCAUUUCUCGGCGGGCUGCGCUGUGGAGUUGCUUUUCACUGCAUGUUACUGCGUCUCCCCAGUUUUUACUCUCGUAUGUGCCUUCUUCUGGGUCGGGCUUUAUCUGAUCCGCUGCGGGGUGCUCGUCCGGACCGCGGUGUUUCUGUUAGCGCUGUGCCACUUGGGCGAAGCCGCGGCGCAGUCGCUCCUGCGCGGCGCCGAGGAGCAGCUGCUCUCGCUCCCCGCGACCCUGGUAGUCCUAGGCUGCGUGGGCAGCGGGGCUCUGCUGGUCGUUCGACUGCGCCAGGGAGUGUCCAUCCUCGUCUUCAUCAGCGUCAUCAGGGCCGUCUCCAUCGUCUCUCUGAGCAGGGUCCGGGCCAGCUGGAGACCCUACCUGGCCUACCUGCUGGGGCUGCUGGGGGUUUUGCUUGCGAGGUAUGCUGACCGGCUCCUGCCGGCCUCAGGGACCAGCGGGACGGGGUGCUGUGGCUCUGUGACCGGGGCGAAGGAGGAGGACAUCCCUGUCUUCAAAAGGAGACGGAGGUCCAGCUCCAUAGCGGCCUCGGAAAUGAUGGCUCAUAGUCAGAGCAACAGCAAGUCCCACCGCAGGACUUCGCUGCCGUGCAUUCCGCGGGACCAGAUGAUGUGCCAGCAAGAAUGGGACUACAAGAGAGCUCUGAGCAGAUCCCAGUCCUCUGGCACCAGUGUGAUCGUGGACAUUGCGGUGAUGGGUGAGGCCCACGGUUUGAUCUCAGACCUGCUGGCCGACCCCUCACUGCCCCCGAACACCUGCACGUCUCUGAAGGCCGUCAGCAACCUCCUCAGCACCCAGAUCAGCCUCCAACCGCUCCACCGGCCACGCCUUCCUGCAGACACGCACACCUGCUCUGACUCAGAGGAGGGGCCGGAGAAAGCAGAGAGACUGGCCAUACCAAAGCGUCUAAGGCGGAGUCUGCCGCCGGGAUUGCUUCGGAGAAUAUCUUCAACUUGGACCACGACCACCUCAGCUACAGGGCUGCCAACCAUCGAGCCCGGGCCUGUACGUAGGGACCGCUCGGCCAGCAUCAAACACACCACAGAGAGUGAAACAUGGAAAAACUCGAUGAUGAUGACAAUCUCAAAGACUCGCUCCAUGUCUGCCUCCUAUGCUGCCUCCGUCACCUCCAACCACAUCUACAGCAAACCACUGGGAAGACCAGGUUUCCCCCCCUCCAACGUGUCACCUCUGGGCUCUCCGUGCCCGUCCCCGCCAGCACAGGGGACUCCGGUUUCCAGCCCCACCGCAAAGUCGUGUUCCGUGCAGCUUCCUGAGCCCGUGGGGCCCCUGAUAGAGCGGACCCCUGGCCCUGUGGUCCCCAAGAGUCACCAUAGAGCUUUAACUCACAGCCAGAGUGCCCCGAGCUCUACCACCCCUCACUGGCGGCCUCCUUCACUUUGUGGCAGCUGCGGCAGACCGUUCAACAACCGGCUAAAUCACGGGGUAGAAUCUGUGGACAAAGGAGACAGAAUACCCCAUCCAGAUGAGCGCGCUGUAGCAUCUUCAGACUAUGACAGCACCUACGACAGCACUUACGAGACCAACCACAGUGACAGCAGCGACUUUGCACAGAAUGAGGAGGAGGGAGAGGGAGGCAAGAAGCCCCCUGAAGCGAGGGAAGGAUGCAGGGACUAUCUGUCCGAGGGCAUCGUUCUUCACCCACUCCUGCCAUCACCAGAGGACAAACCAGUCUUGGCGCUGGAGCCUCUGAUGAGGCUCGAUCUGGAGCCUCUCAUGAGUCAACUCAACAAUUGGAACUUUCCCAUUUUCAGUCUUGUAGAAAAAACACACGGCAAGACAGGCUGCAUCCUCAGUCAGGUUUCCUAUCGGCUCUUUGAAGACACGGGUCUUUUUGAAACAUUCAGAAUUCCUGUACAAGAGUUCAUGAACUACUUCCAGGCUUUGGAGAACGGGUACAGGGUCAUCCCUUAUCACAACCGGAUCCACGCCACUGAUGUGCUGCAUGCUGUCUGGUACCUCACCACUCAGCCUGUGCCCGGCCUGCCCACCCUGCCAACUGAGAAUGGGAUACACACUGACUCAGAGAAUGGCGUAUCCCCUGGUGCCACAGGCUGCCUACUGUCUAAGAUGAACUCUGUGCAGAAUGAAGGCAAUGGCUCACUGGCAGGCCUCAUCCCGGGCCUGGAGCUCAUGGCCCUGUAUGUAGCUGCUGCCAUGCACGAUUAUGACCAUCCUGGAAGAACCAACGCCUUCCUAGUAGCUACAAGUGCACCACAGGCUCUUCUGUACAAUGACCGUUCAGUUUUGGAAAAUCAUCAUGCAGCCGCAGCGUGGAACCUCUUCAUGUCUCGACCCGAGUACAACUUCCUGGUUAACCUCGAACACGUUGAGUUCAAGCGCUUCCGCUUCCUCGUCAUUGAAGCCAUCCUGGCCACGGACCUCAAAAAACACUUUGACUUCCUCGCAGAGUUUAAUGCAAAGGUGGGUGAUGAAGGAGUGUCAGGGAUUGAUUGGACCAAUGAAAACGAUCGGAUGCUGGUGUGUCAAAUGUGCAUCAAGCUGGCCGAUGUCAAUGGACCGCUGAAGUGUAAGGAGCUGCACCUGCAGUGGACCGAGGGGAUCGUCAACGAGUUCUACGAACAAGGUGACGAAGAGGCUAGUCUGGGCCUUCCCAUCAGCCCAUUCAUGGACCGGUCUGCUCCACAGCUCGCAAAACUGCAGGAGUCAUUCAUCACUCACAUAGUGGGACCUCUGUGCUCUUCCUACGACUCUGCUGCUCUCAUGCCGGGACGUUGGGUGGACCAACCUGAGGGAGAGAUGGAGCUAGAGGAGAUGAAGGAAGGACAAGAAAUAGAGGAAGAAGAGGAGGAAGUGGCAGAUGAGGACGCAUCAACAAGUUCUGAAACCUCCCAGCGGCAAGAAACAAUACAGGUGAGCAGAAGAAAAGUGUUUUGCCAGAUCACACAGCAUCUUCUGGAAAACCAUGAAAUGUGGAAGAGGGUCAUAGCUGCAGAAACCGAGGAGGCAGAGACAGAGGAGAACUGCAUCAGCAGCACGACUGAUCCAAUCACAGCCAUUCAUGAGGAAGAGGAAGAGCAAGCAAGCAAAGAGGAGGAGUCACCUGAAGGCUUUGACGACAGGGAAGAAGUGCCGACUGGAGACGAUGAAGAAAUCCCUCUGCAAUCAGAGACUUCAGGGGAUAUAGAAGGGGAACCAGAGUGAUAUUAUGAACCUUCUCUUCAACCAGUAUUCUGUACGUUGUCUAAAAAUGUUGCUUUUCUAACUAAACUCUUGAUAUGGUAGCCAGCACAUCACUUUGACACAACACUGUAGACGAUGUUUUGGGUAAUAUGUGCCUAACAAAACCUGGGUUUGAGGACAGGGAUGAUGCAUGCCCAGUUCAUCUGACAAGGAGAGAAAGUAGAGAUGAGCAGAUGAUGAAGUGACUGCGAAAGAAUAAGAAAAAAAGUGAGUGAUUGGGACUGUAUUUGUUUAUUUGUUGUUGUGUUGGUUUCAGUCUGGAUCUGGUGCCCUGCCCUCUCCCAGGCUGCCCAUGCUGCACUAUGGGCCAACCUCGCUUCAUUCACAGAUUCACUCCACCAGUGAGUAAUACACUGUCACGAGGCCCAAUGCCCCCACCUUUUUUUUCGUUACUCCCAUGCUGUCAGCGCACUGUGGAGACACCCAGCUGGUUAAGGAUGCGCAACAAGCCCCUUUUCCUUGAAGACAAUGGGAUGAAAGCCAGGGAAAAAGCUGUGUCCACUGAGGCUCAGCCAUGUGGAUUUCACAGGGAGAGGGAAAAAGGGCCAGUUGUUGUACAUUGUGUAUACAGACAUGCACCCACACAAGCUUCACACACAAACACACAGUCUACUACAGUACAGUAGAGACACAUUCCAUUUUCAGAACAGAUAGGAAGUUAAACAAAGAACCCUGUUGCUCUAAAAGCUUAAUUCUCACUGAAGGAAAAACAUACAAUACAAGGUUUUGUUCAUGUCAAACAAUGUCUAACUUUAGUUGCAUAUUUUCUCUUAGUCUUUUGUAACUAGAAUCCAGUCCAGCACACCUACACGUUUCCAGGCCACACAACUCAGGAAGGUACAAAACUGUAGAAAAAAGGGGAACAAAACAGACUUGCAGGGUCCUUGUCCCUUUACUCGACGCUUGAUCUUGUGUCUGUGCUGUUCAAGACAGUAUUGACUUAAUGACAUCCACAGAGACAUGUGGUUCUGUGUGAAGGGAAACUCACGUGAAACAAGAUUAUUGAUGACACUAUACUGUAUACCACAAUUUUGUAUGGCUUUGUCUCACUCAGUUGCUAUAACCAAGAGUAGCGUUUAUUCCAGGAAGAAAACAACUUGCAAGACACAAAACUUGGUAAUAAGGUGAUGUGUUUUGUUAAGUUAAUAUCGCUUGUAUAUGUAACCUCCCAGCUUGCUCGCUAAUUUUUUUUUAACUGUAAUGAAGUUGCUUUUUUUUUUUUCUUUUAUGCGUUUUAAAUAAUGACCUGGUAUGUAGGCCACAUGUUUCAAAAAGUAAUCCAGUAAGCCACAGUGGCUCGGGCCAGUGCUGACUCACAGCUCACGAUCCCCCAAGAGGAUUUACAUCAAUGCAACAUUUUAAAGUGCCCACUUCCACCUCCAGAUCCAAAUGAAAUCAAACAGAAUCUAAUUUGUUGCAUAAAAAUGUAGAACAAUUUAUUAGAAACUAAAAACAUUUUUGAGCCAUGGAACCUAACUUGUGUUUGAAAAACACCGAAAAACAUCAGAAAUGUAUAAUGAGAACUUAUA